UUACAAGUUACUAAAGAAGGGGGUUACUUUUCAUUGGAACCAGGAGUGUAGUGAGGCGUUUAGGAGAAUAAUAAAAUAUUAAUGUCUAGUGAAGUCCUAGCUCAUUAUUCCCUCGAUCUGCCGGUGGUUCUUACAUGUGACGCUAGUAGUUUGGGAGUAGGCGCUGUGGUGUCUCACAUUACGCCGGACGGCGAGCGGCCGGUAGCGUACGCGUCACGAACACUCAAUGCAGCAGAGAAGGGCUAUUCGCAAAUUGAACGUGAAGCAUUAAGUAUAAUAUUUGGGGUGAGAAAAUUCCACCAAUAUUUAUAUGGUAGGGAGUUCACUUUACGGACCGACCACAAGCCUCUGGUAUCUAUUUUUGGCGAAAAAAAAGGAAUACCAGUAAUGGCAGCUAGUCGACUUCAACGAUGGGCGGUAUUGCUAGCCGGAUAUAAUUUUAAUAUUGAAUAUGUGCGCAGUGAGAAUAACGCGGCAGACGCCCUGUCCCGUUUACCGGUAAAAACAUCGGUCAGUUUAGCGAAAGAAGUUACGUAUUUGAAUUUUGUUCAAGAUUUUUUACCCAUAGAUAAAAAAAUGGUUCAGGUUAGCACAGAAAAAGAUCCUAUAUUAAGGCAGAUAGUAAGUUAUUUACAGGCCGGGUGGCCAUCAUCAGUAAACGAUAGGGAGGUCCAACCGUACUUUUUACGACGAAACGAACUGUAUAUGGAUAGGGGCUGCAUGGUUUGGGGCUACCGGUUAGUAAUCCCAGAAGCAUUGCGCGAAAAAUUAUUACGGGAGCUGCAUGUGGGACACAUGGGUAUUGUAAAAAUGAAAAGUAUGGCGCGCAGUGUCAUGUGGUGGCCGGGCAUCGACGCGGACGUGGAGCGCACCUGCAGGAGCUGCGGCACGUGCGCGGCGGAGAGCUCGGCGCCGCCGCGCGCGCCGCCGCAGCCCUGGCGGUACUUGGCGGAUGUCUGGACCAGAUUACACAUCGAUUUUUUGGGACCCAUACAGGGUAGGACUUUUUUGAUUCUUAUCGAUUCCACUUCUAAAUGGUUAGAGGUUUUCCAAAUGCAGUCGACCACGGCGAAAUCCGUAGUUAAGGUAUUAAGAGAGACAUUCGCGCGUUUCGGUUUACCACGAGAAGUAGUUUCAGAUAACGGACCACCCUUUACGAGCCACGAGUAUAAUAGUUUUAUGUCACAUAAUAGGGUCAAGGUCACCUUUGCGGCCGCAUACCAUCCAGCUUCCAACGGGGCGGCUGAGGCGGCGGUCAAGUUGUGCAAGCGGGCAAUUAAAAAGGCCAUGCGGGAUGGUGGCGAUAUAGAUGCAGCGUUGCAGGCUUACCUUCUAGCGUAUCGAAAUGUAGAAUAUGUUACUAUGGUACCACAGGGGUAUCACCGACAGAGCUACUGCAGCGUAGGAAACUUCGUUCCAGACUAGAUUUGUUAAAGGAUGGAUCGGUAGAAGACAGAGUCAAAGAUAGGCAGAUAAAGCAAGUAGCUUACGCUGGCGGUACAUCCAGGGAAUUUAACGUGGGGGAAAAUGUAUGGUAUAGGAACUAUAGUGGGGGUAAGAGAUGGUUAGAUGGCAGAAUUCAGGAAAAAACAAGUUCACGUAAUUAUAUAGUUACGGCGGAAAACGGUUCACCCAUUCAUAGACAUGUGGAUCAAAUUAAAAGUCGCUGGAUGAGCA